AGAAAAGUAUGUUACACAUGGAGCUGAACAUGGAGUAUUAUAAAAGAGAAGGAGAAGGCGGCGCUGGCUUUUUCUGCGUCUGAAUCCAUCGGUGAGAGGCUGUGGAGUGGCGGGGAGAACCGCUGGCUGAACAGCUCGCAGCUACGGGAUAUUUACACAACAAUGGCAACCUGUCAUCAGUGAGGAACUUUGCUGCCCUGCACCCCUUCCUCCCUCUGACCCUGACACCUUGAAAUAACUAUUUCCCGUCUCCUGUUUCCUUUUAUUCAUCCUGACGCCCUCCCGUUCAAUUCCUCUUUCUCUCUGAGUCCCCGCUUUGUUUUAAACAUGGACUCCUCUGGAGAAGUAACCUCAGUUCGGGAUGGACAUCUGGACCCCAGGAGCAGCCCCGGUCGCUCUGAUCUCAGCGGAUUGUACCACCUGGGUCGGACGUUGGGCAGGGGCCACUUUGCUGUGGUCAAACUGGCUCGUCAUGUCAACACCGGGCAACUGGUUGCUGUCAAGAUGAUUGACAAGACGAAACUUGAUGUUAUGGCAAGAAGCCACCUCUUACAGGAAGUGAGGUGCAUGAGGCUGGUGCAGCAUCCCAACGUGGUUCGCCUCUACGAGGUCAUAGACACACCCACCACCCUUUACCUGGUCAUGGAGCUGGCUGAGGGGGGCGACCUCUAUGACUACAUCCUGCGCCAUGAGGGGGGUGUGGCUGAGGAGACUGCCAAGCGGCAUUUCGCCCAAAUUGUGUGUGCUGUAGGGUACUGCCACCAGCUCCACGUGGUGCACCGGGACCUGAAGCCAGAGAAUGUGGUGUUCUUUCCCCAGCAAGGGGCUGUGAAGCUGACAGACUUUGGGUUCAGCAACUUAUUCCAACCCGGAACAAUGUUGGCCACCAGCUGUGGGUCGCUGGCUUACUCCGCACCAGAGAUUCUGCUGGGAGAAGAGUAUGAUGCUCCAGCAGUAGAUAUCUGGUCUCUUGGGGUGAUCCUGUACAUGUUGGUGUGUGGAGUCCCUCCCUUCCAGGAAACCAACGACAGCGAGACUCUGGUCAUGAUUCUGGACUGUCGAUACUGCGUCCCCGAGCAUGUUUCAGACGACUGCAGAGAUUUGAUCUCCAGGAUGCUCCAGAAGGACCCAUCUUGCCGUGCCUCACUCGAGGAGAUCGAGGCUCAUAAAUGGCUGCAGGGGCUUGAUGACCCCUUGCUCAGCCCGGAGGCCCCACCACACUGGCUAUCAGGGGCCCUCUCUCCAAGCUCUCCCCGCUCAGGACCUGAGUGUGGGGACCUGCUCGCUGCAAGGCCCCCGGCUAGUCAUCAGGCUUUCCCUGGUCCCUGGCAGCCCAGCCUCAGCUUCACCCUCCGUCCACCUCCGGCUGAAGAGCCUCCGGUCACCAAAAACCUGCCAGCAUUACAGCAGAUCUGUGAGGAAGAGGAGGAAGAGGAAGAGGAGGAGGGGGAGGGCAGUUUGAGAGAAGAUGUUGAAGGAUCUUUGUUAGUCGAAGUGCCAGAAGAAGCUGAGGAGAUGCUUGAUGGUGCAGAUGAUCAUCAAGAAGAACAAAAAGAAGAAUUAGGAAGCUUCGUAGAGAUAAUGGAGGAAGAAGAGGAGGAGCAGGAAGAGACGAAGAUGGAAAUGGAGAAAGAAGAUGGUGGCUGUGUGAUUUCAGAUCAGCCAGUCAGUUAUGGAGACAAGCCGGUGAGUCCGACACCUGAAGUCCCACCAUCGUCUCUGCCUGGUUUGAGGGUGCCGUGCUGUCAGGGCCAGCCGGACUCCACAAGCCCAGGAGAAGGACAGGACCAGGAGACAGAACCUAACAACAACAACAACAAACCUCCUCCUCUCCUCCCUGACUCCUCUCUUCCCUCCAUCCACGAGUCCUCUUCCAGACUCAUCCUGGAUGAAAAGGCAGCGCAAAAAACAGGAGAUGAGAAAACAGAGGAGGCUGGCAGAGAUGACCUCUUGACAGACAGAUGUCAACCCCACAAUGCCCCGGGGAGCAGGGAGGAGGCUGCCCCGAGGCUGGAGCAGGGGAAACGGCACAGCAUAAAGCUGCGUGAGAGACUCUUUCAGUUCCCUCUGUGUGAGAAAGCUCUGGCCUUCAACAUACCGACACACAACAAGCCCAAGAUCCUGCCGCUGGCUCAGUACAACUGCUGCCAUGUGCUGUAAGUGAAACACGCUGCCUGUGAUGUGAUGUCGUGCUACUCACUCACUUGGGACAUGCAGACGUUAUAACUGGUGGCUGGCUACACAGAGCACACACACACCUUGUGAAGUGGCAAAAUGCAGAACUCCCUGCUGAGCCGUUCUGCUGCAGAGACCUUGAGGCAGGUUAGCGAAAGGCCUCUCAGCAUGCAAACACCCAGCGUGUACAGCUUCAUACCUACAAACACUCCAUCCUAGCAUUGUGCUCACACUGCAAAAAAGGUGUGUCUAAAAACCAGAUAAAAACACUAAAUCUGAGGGAAAUGAUCUUGCUGCAUGGACAGAUAAUUUACCUUGACAAGAUUUCUUAAAUUAAGAUUGUUAAAUCUAGAAAUAAGCAUGUUGAACACUCAAAAUAAGGAAUUAAAUUUAAAGUGUUUUUUAUUUUGGUAAGAAACAAAUAAUUGUCAGGUCACUCAGCUCGGGCCAGUUCGUCGCUGCUUGCAGCUUUAAUUGAUCUUGUUUUAAGAGUUAAUUACUUAUUUUAAGCGUUCAACAUGCUUUUUUCUAGAUUUAAUAAUCUUCAUUUAAGAAAUCUUGUCAAGUGAAAUUAUCUGUACAUCCAGCAAGAUAAUUUCUCCAGAUUUAGUGUUUUUACCUUGUUUUUAGAUACAUUUUUUUUUCCAGUGCAUGUAAUAAACAUCGUGUUAAGCUAGAGGUGGUGUACAGCACAGUGAUCAGACUUAGUAGAACCUCAUGCAUUUGCUGCUGCUACAGGAGCAAACCAUAGAAUAACAAUGACCAGACUGGGUCCAAUCUGUAGUUUAGAAACAGUACUGGACCUACAGGAAGUAAAAACACCAAGGGAUAGACUUAAUGACUGCAACAGUUUUUAUUGAAUAAGCUAUAGUCUGUUUUGUUUGUUUAAAAGGUGCCUACAACGAUGAACUGGGUUUCAUACUGUAUGUGGCCACUGUGUCAUUUUGUUUCUGACUGUAAAAAGCUCUAAAGUCAGAAUGAUAGCACUCCAUGAUUCCAUAUUUUAUAAUAUUAGAAUAAACUUUGAACCAGCUUCUGCUACAGAGUAGCACUUGUUUCCUCCUCCCUUUGCACAACCUGCUUCUCUCAUUGCUCCUAAUAUAAGCUCUAUUAAAGAAAGACUGAGACUGUUAUGAUAUGAUAUAUGAUAUGAUACUGUGUAAUAUAUGCCUAAGACUGAAAUGAUGAAAUGAUGUUCUGUUCUCUUAAUCCUUAAGUCUCAUUGAUAUCAUGACUUGUCCUAACAGUGUAUAAUGCUAUUGAUAGGAUCAUUGAUUAUUGAUUGGGAUGCAGGUCUUCCAUUGUAUUUGAACUUUUUAUUCAUACUGAACAGUUCAAUAGUUGAUCAUAACAGUUAUAUUUUAUGCAGAUAUUUGCAGAAGUUUCUUGAUUUGUUUAUAACGUGACAAAGAUAUUAAUUCUCUGCAGAGAUAUGUGACUUUGUGCAUGUUGUUACUGUUAUCACAAUAUACCUCCAUGUGUCUUGGAUGUGACAGGACAUUGCUCUUGUGUACCCUGAGAUAACCCACUGAUUGAUGAUUUGCACACAGUACGACUACUGUAGCUGGUAGCUUUCUACAAGCAGUAUCCUUGGACUGAUGGAGAGAUUUAUUGCUCUCCAGACCGAAUGAUGUGAUAUGUUAUUGUGUAGCUGAGGGGGUCCCUCUGUAUGAUAGUAUUUUACCAUACAAUGCCUGUGUGCUUCUAUAUUUUCUCAUACGCACUGUGUUUUUCUCUUUUAAAGCUGAGACAGGAAGUGUAAAAGAAGGCCAAAGCUGUACAAAGAGCUAAAUCUUUCAGUAAACAGAGCGUAUUCCUGUCGGUCACUACAACAAAUUGGAUUUUUGUCGUAGGGCCUGUAAUCGCACACUGCAAAAAAAAGUGUUUUCUAAAAACCAGAUAAAAACACUAAAUCUGAGGGAAAUGAUCUUGCUGCAUGGACAGAUAAUUUCACUUGACAAGAUUUCUUAAAUUAAGAUUGUUAAAUCUCAAAAUAAGCAUGUUGUAUGCUUAAAAUAGAUAAUUUAUCUUGUUUUAAGAGUUAAUUUCUUAACACUUCUAAAUCUAAAGUUUUUUUUUAACAAAUAACAAAAACAAAUAAUUUGCAGUGCACUCUCCUCGGGCCAGUUCAUCACUGCUUGCAGCUUUAUUUUAUCUAGUUUUAAAAGUUAAUUUCUUAUAUUUGAAUUUCUUAUUCAACAUGCUUAUUUCUAGAUUUAACAAUCUUAAUUUAAGAAAUCUUGUCAAGUGAAAUUAUCUGUCCAUGCAGCAAGAUCAUUUCCCUCAGAUUUAGUGUUUUUAUCUUGUUUUCAGACACACCUUUUUUGCAGUGCACAGUCCCAGCCUAUAUAAGGAGAAAUCUGAUUAUCACUCAUAUUUCAUCAGCCAUGGAAGCAUAAAAUCUGUGCAGAAGUGGGAUUAAAUCUCAUUAUUUGUUCCUGUGUGACGGCAGCCUGACUCUCCUCAGUGUGUCUGUGUCUACUGACCUGCAUUGUAGCUAGGACCACGUCUCCAUGGAGCCAUGAACCUAUUUUUCUGUAUUUAUUUAUUAAAAAUGGAUUAAA